CCCGACUCCAGGUAAGCAGCUGCAAGCAUCUGCAGGGGCAACAGCGACGCGGGUAACACCGCGUGCUUAAAUUAGUCCCGGCACAACUGUCGCUCGCGUAACAUGUGAGGAGAGAGGAGUUUGUGCUUCGAAAAGCGAAGUGAAAAAUUUCAUAACUGAAACAGACACUGAUCGACUGUUAAUAAUACAUUCGUAAGGAACGUGUGUGAAAUUUUGACGCAACAAAAAAUAACCGAGUACUCAUAAAAAAGUAUAAAUAGAAAGAAAGAAAGAAAAAAGAUGACAGAAGUUCAAUUGUGAAGAGAGAGCUUAAAGUUUAAUCUGAGAUAAUCUUAUAUUUGGCCCUGGUAUAUCGGACUUUACUCUAAGAAAUUUUAGUGAUUAUGAUUAAUAGUCGCUCUGCAAGGGGUAGUUCUAAGUGAAGUUCCAUAACGAAGCUCGUAUGGCUUGGAGAUCGUGAAGAAAUUAACGAAGAACGUGGAUUCGAUGAUCGUAUGAAGGUUCACGAAGAGGCGAACGAACGAAGAAGAAGAGGAAGAUGCUGAUACUUAGGCUAAUUGUGGUGUUGAGCCUCUGUUGGAUGGCCAGGUGCGAUUUACUGGACCUGUACGUCCAGCAUAUGGACGAGACCAUGAGGACCUUGGCCUACAGAAACAGGCAUCAUCAGAAAGAUAUUAUAUCCAGGAUAAAGAGAGGCCUUCGAGGAGAGGAGCCGUUUCUCAGAGUGGGCACGUUUAAGAAGCAACGGUUGGACGUUGAUAAAGAAUGGUACGCGCAAUGGAAGGCAAAGAGAAAGAUCUCUUACAAAGAAGACGGUCUGGACUUUCCUAAUUCGAGGGAAGAGAACCUGGAUCCGAGUCAACACGAGCUGGUGAACAACGCGAGUUCUCGAAUUCUCGGCCGAGUAUCCGAGGAAACGACCACCAUGUCGGCAGAGAUCAAUGAAACGAUGGAUGCGUUCGAUAUCGAACUUUCCAAUGAAGAGUCAACGUGGUCGAACGGCACAGCAUUGUCAGACAGACAAUCGAUCGAAAACGAGAAUCCGAGGGCUGAAUCUCGAGAAGAGACUACUCGAACGACCGAUUUUCAAGACGACGUCGAGAUAGAAGAGAAUUCCCAAUUCGAAAUCAUCAGCGAUACCGGUACCGCUGGCCCAACGUUCUUCGACGAUCCUAUCUUGAAAAGAACGCGAGAUCGAGUCCCUAAGAAGUACAUUCCACCGAUGAAUAAAUUAGCCAAAUUCUUUCGUGGCUCAAAGUAUAUCGAUUCCGAAGAGACGAUAGACAACAGGCCACGAAGGAGUAUCAAGGAACCAAAGUUCACCAGGCACGAGAAACUCGACGACGAUGGCGAGGUCAUCCUCGAGUGGGAUCCUUCAGACAAGGAGAUGGUCAUCUUCAAGGUCACUGCCAAGACCUUGGGAUACGUUGGUAUCGGCUUCAACGAUAAAAACCACAUGAAAGGGGCUGAUAUUUUACUGGCUUGGGUGGACGAUCACACGGGCACCGUCAAUCUACUGGACUCGCAUGGAAUCGAGGAUCCAGAGGCGGCUCUGGUCACGGACACGUCUCAGGAUGUCAAAGUGCUGGGAGGUUCGCAAAACGAAACCCACACGAGCGUAAUCUUCUCGCGAAACUGGCAGACCUGCGAUCCUCAGGAUCAUCGGCUUACGGGAGACACGAUUCGAGUCCUGUGGACGCUUCAUUCGAGUGACCCUGAAUUAAAUGCUGCUAUUUGGCCUGGUGACAAACGUGGUGGUAGAGCCUUAAGGCUCAAGACACCUGCUCCUCACGCGCCUCCUCGAUAUACUCAGGACAUCAAACACUGGGACGUAAAAUUGAAUCAAUACACGCCACUCGUGGAAAAGCAAAACGAAGAUUUGGUUCAUCAUAUUAUAUUGUACGAAUGCGCCUCGACUUUACCGAUCUUGGGGCAACAUGCGAGAAUCGUUGGAGCACCUUGUUACAGUCCUACAAUGCCACGGGAGUGGGAAUCUUGCUUGCAACCGGUACUGGCCUGGGCACGCGGUAGUACAGGUGAAUGGCUUCCGGAACACGUAGGCUUUCCCAUCGCGGAGCAUCCUGAAGGUUCUUAUUACAUGCUAGAAGUGCAUUAUAAUAACCCGGGUAUGAAAAAGGUGGUGGACAGCAGCGGAGUACGUCUUCACUUGACUCCGAAACUUCGUCCACAGGAAGCGGGAAUUCUCGUUGCUGGGGUGGCCGUGAGUCCUCUUCACCUGAUUCCUCCUAAACAAAAGGAAUACGCCACGGCAGGUUACUGUACUCCUCAUUGUACAAACACUAUGUUCCCUAAAGGUGGUGUAAACAUCGUUUCAGUAGUCUUGCAUUCCCACUUGGCCGGUCGUCGUCUGAGCCUGAAACAUAUUCGCCAGGGCAAAGAAUUACCCAGAAUAGUCGAGGACAACCACUUUGAUUUUGACUAUCAACAGUCUCAUACUCUUGAGAAGGAAGUGAAAGUCCUUCCAGGAGACGAAUUGGUGGCUGAAUGUGUUUAUGGUACUCUAGACAGAACGAAACCCACUUUGGGAGGGUACGCAGCAUCUCAGGAAAUGUGUCUGGCCUUCGUGGUACAUUAUCCGAGAACACCACUUGCAGCUUGUUACAGUAUGACGCCGAUAAAACAUCUGUUCAAAACACUUGGCGUGUACAGCUUCAAAGGUGUUACUAUGGACCAUCUAGAAAAACUGUUCCUAACAACUAGAACGGAUGCUGUGACCAUUUCUUCCACUGGACAACAACAGCUUCCUAUCUACCCUGCUACAAGACUCAGCGAAGAAAUAGAUGAGAAACUUAUAAGAGAGGCAAAAUCUGCAUUGAUGGCUAUGAAAGAUUACACAGUAGAGAAUGAAAAAUUACACGACAAUGAUAAUGUUUUCUCUCGAUUGAUCAUCGAGGAACCAGAAGAGUUCAGAGGACGAACAUUGGCUGAACAUAUGCUGGCAUUACCUUGGACCGAAGAACUCCUUGCCAGAUCCAUCGAACGGAGUUUAUAUCAUGGCAGACACAUGACCUUCUGCAGGAAAAGAGACGAUAAACUUGCCUUGCCAUCAGAUAUACAAACGUUCCCAAAUUUCACAGCACUGCCAGAAACGAACGAAACGACAUGCAGCGAAACAGCAACACUAUCGAGUGCAUCGAGAAACUUGUACUUCAACAUUUCAAUUCUCAUGAUUCUCAUCACAACGAUCAUCAAACUUUUCGGUGUUAAGGAUGCGACGUACAAGAUACGUUGCAUUGCCAGUACGGGCUUGGCAGUAUGUCGGCCUCUUGGUGGUGUCCCUCGCCUGCCUGACAUUAGGGCUGGUCUCCAGGGAUAAGGAAGGCCGAGCAGGAAGUCUGGCAGGGCCUGAAUUGAAACAUCAAGCUCCUCACGAAGUGGAUGCCUGCCCAAAUUUGAACCCUUUCACCAAGAUGCCUUCUUGCUUGACUUUCGAGCAAGACCAGACCAGGAUUUCGAAGACGACCAGAGAAACUAGAGACUCCAGGACAUCCCCGAUACAAAUUGAUCUCAGAAUAUCUCGAUCUCGAAGCUUAGAUCGCGUCUCCAGGGCUCGAUCUCAAACUCGAGUUGACUUUAGGAGCAUGGAGAGAUCGGGAAGCAGACAAGGAACGAACACUGAAUACAGAAUCCAAGAUCGUACAAGACGUAUGUCCGAUCCUGCGAAUCGACUUUCCCGAUCACUGAAUUCGAAGACCACAGAGGAAUUUGUAGAACGAAGAUUGCUCAAAAGGUCUAUUGAUUCAGAUAGACGCCGCGAAGUAAACAGAAGAGUAAAUGAUCGAGAACGUAAUCUUGCACGAUCCACGGAAUCACUUGUUUCUAACAACUUUCGUCGAGAAAGGAACGAACGAUCUCUGAAGAACGUAGAUCCACGUAAUCGUAUGCAGACGAUAAUCAGACGCGAUUCUAGAUUGGACCAAGACCGCAGAUCUCUUACCAGAUUGGAACAGCGAGAAGUAAUUAAUGAACGACAAAGAAUUAGUCGUUUAGAUCGUCACAUGGAUGCCAGGGCAAACGAGCGACGAAACUCUCCCAUUAGAUCGGCAAGACGUUCUAUAGAUAAUCUGGAAAAUCUGGCUCGUGAACGACGUGAAUCUCGACUCGUCAGGACGUCUGACAUUACUAGGAAUGAUUUAAAGGAACGACGAGUUAGAGAUUUGUCUAAUGAUCGAACGUCAGAACGUCGGUCACUUGCAGAUUCUAGGAGAAGUUCAGAAAAGCGGUCUGCAUCCGUUGAUUUUCGAAAUCGCGAAGAGAUUAAGACUGAUCGUCGACUCGCCGAACAAAAAACUAACCGGCGACUGAUGGAGAGGCGAUCCACAUCUGUUGAAUCUCGAACUCGUGAAGAUGAAAGAGCUGAUCGUAGAUUCAUGGGACAGAAAGAGAAUCGUCGAGUUGUGGAACAGAGAGCUGAUCGUCGAGCUAUAGGACAAAGGACUGACCGACGUCUUACGGAACAGAGAGCUGAUCGUCGACUUAAGGAACGAAAAAUUGACCGUAUGAUAAACCAAAAUGUAGAUCGCAGACUCUCUGAAGAAAGUAACCGUAGACUUAACGAACGAAGAACUGAUCGUCGUCUGUUGGACCAACGGGCUGAACGUCGACUUAUGGAACGAAGAACUAAUCAACAAUUCACAGAACAGAGAGCUGACCGACAACUCAUGGAAAGACGAUCCACACGUAUCGAAUCUCGAAGUCGCGAAGAAGCCAGAACUGAUCGCAGGCUUAUGGAACAAAGGACUGAUCGACGACUCAUGGAAAAACGAUCUAUCGAGUCUCGAGCUCGCAAAGAAACCAGAACUGAUCGCAAUCUUAUAGAGCAGAGAAUUAACCAUCGAUUUGCAGAACAAAGGGCCGAUAACAGACUUAUGGAGCAAAGGACUGAUCGACGACUUGUGGACAAACGAUCCGUAUCUGUCGAGUCUCGAAGCCGUGAAGAAGCCAGAACUGAUCGCAAACUCGUGGAAAAAAGAGCUAACCGACUAAUUAUUGAACAAAGAGCUGAUCGCCAACUCACAGAACGUCGUCUCGCAGAGCGAAGGAUUGAUCGACGAGACUUACUCGCAAGACGAUUCGACACUAGAUCACAACGAAUUGGCGCUACGCUUAUUCGUCUUGCGAAUGAUAUUCGGUCCACCCAAAAGGAACAACGAUUCGCUGAAAGAAUUCGAGAUAAAUUUGCGAACGAUAUCAGACGAUCUCGCUCCGUAGAAAGGGAGCAUGUUCGUUCUGCAGACAGAGAUUCUCGUUCUCGAAGCCAACCAAUGGAAGAUACAACUUUCCUCCGAAGACAACCACGCUCUCAACAACGCAAUUUUAGGAUCUCCGUUAAUGCACGUACAUUAGCAGUACGAGAGAAAGCUCUGGCUCGCAGCAAUGACUUUAUACCCAGGAUGAAAAUUUUGGGCGCCGCAAACAUCCUGAAACGAGAGAACUCCAUGAAUCUCAACAAUCUGACAUUUGAAAUGAUUCGUCAGGCAUUCGUAAUUGGACUUUGCACAAUGUAUGGAUUAUCUAUUUUCUAUGGCAAACGAACUUCGUGGGGCAGGCACCACAGUUUACUAUCUGGUAGGAUUCUUAUCCAACGGAAAACAACGAUUCGCUACUUCCAAGACCUGCUUUUAGUCGUUGUCCUUGUGUAAUAAUUCUUGUGUAAUAAUUCUUGCAUUAUAGCGCUAUGCAUUGUGCUAUGCACUUAAUGAAAACCUGUAUAUUAGUGUACAGCUGAUAAAUGUAUCCUGCAUAAAGACAGAAAUGUAUCGCAUGUAUUUAGAAAGAUCUAUUUUAUCCGAAUAAAUUGUUCAAAUUAAAAUCAAA